AUGCCAACGACCAUGUCCAUCGCCAUCAUGACGGUAGCCAUGGCCUCCGACAGCGCCGACCAGCGGGCCUCGCAGUUCCACGCCUCGUUUCGCUGCUUCGAGUACCUCUACACGCACGACUACUCCUCCUCGCCGUCGUCAGCGCUCGCGGACAUUGGCAUCCCCGACGACGACGCGCUGAUGCGGCACGUGCGCGUCUACCAGACCGCGCGCUUCCUCGGCGUGCCGCACCUCAUGCAGCUCGCCACCGAGAAGCUCGCCGCCGUCGUCGACAGCGAGCUGCUCGACGGCCGCUUCCUCGACGUCAUCCGCGCCGUCUACCACCCCGCGUACGCACCACCCGACGACGCCUGCCUCAUGCGCGAGACCGUCGUCGAGCUCGCCGUCGCCUACAGCGAUGACAUGGGCCCGGCCCUGCAGGAGCUGCUGCAGGAGCGCAGCCUCACGUUUGAUGUGGCCAGGUUCGAGUCCGACUUGUUGCAGUUUUUAUUGGGAGGCCGCCAAGCGCCGUGA